AGGAGAGAGAAAUGUUCAUGAUGGCCAGGGCAGAGGAACUGAUAGAGAACUUUCGGGCUCUCAUCCUCACCCUCCACUUCAACCAGCUCCCCUCUCAAAUUUUUUCUUUUCUUUCUUGGCUGCAGUCUCAAACUGCAGUCUUGUAAUUUCCAAGCUUUCCUUACAAAAAACCAUCAAAAAAUACAUCUCAUUUUGUAGCUCCUUUGUCCAAGUACCAUGAGGCCGGAGGGGACCCCAUUAGACCUCAACAACUUGCCGGAAGAGUAUGGCGGCGAUCGGUAUCGAGAAGGGAAAGAGGUUUCGGAGGAGAGUUCGACGACUGCUACUGCCGAACCGACAGAUGCAAGGUGUAGGAAAAAGAGAAGUGGGAAGGGGGGAAAAGAGUGUGGGAAGAUUUAUGAGUGUAGGUUUUGCUCUCUCAAGUUCUGCAAAUCUCAAGCUCUCGGGGGACACAUGAAUCGCCAUCGCCAAGAGAGGGAGACAGAGACUCUAAACCGUGCUCGGCAGCUGGUGUUCAAUAAUGAAAACCUUGGAGGGCAAGGGCCUCUUUUAGGGUGCAACAUUCCUUCAAUCCCCACCGUGAACUUCAACCAGAGAGGUGCCAUGGGAGAUCCAUCUCUUCCUUUCCGGCCCGUCUACACCAGACUACCCUCACCAUCUUCACCCUCCAUGUUAUCACAACCACCUCUUCAACCAUACCUAUACACAUCAUCCUCUCCACGCCUUCUCUCCUUCCCCUCUCCAUACCCACCGAACCCCAUGAAUGACUACUACAUCGGCCAUGUCCUCAACCCGCACCACCCCACGAAUCCAAGCUACACCCGUGAGUCGAAUUACACUUGCAUCGGAGCUCCCGUCACCACCCAUGGCUUCCCUGCUGAAGGCAUUCGGCCCCCACCUCCCAUGGAUGGCCUUCGGUGCAAUCAAGGAGAUGGACUGAACUGGAAUUGUGGCAAUGCAGAUGGGCCAGAAUUGGAUGUUUCUCCAAUGGAUCGGUUCCGCAGUGAGUACUAAGCAUGGAUUGAAAUUGUAAGUUGUAAAUCUUUCUGAUCAGCCAUUCUCAGUGAAAAAAAAAAAACACAAAGGAAGGAGAAGCCCUUUUUGUUAUUUUUUUGGUAGUUAAGGCCAGAUGGGUAGACAGCUUUUUGAGCUCAUACAUACACCAGCUACUUUGGCAUGGAGGUGCCUUGAAGAGGGUUAUGUGUUUUGUACCAAGGUGGGUGGAAAGGGGGAAUAGAGAUGAACAAGGAGUUUGAUUUCAACUGAAAGGCUUGCAACCUCUUUUCUUACAUUUUAAAGUACUACGGUUUGCAUGAAAAAGUCAUUUUGGCUUUUCUGUUUGCUUGAGCAGUGUUUUUAUUUUUUGUUGUCUUUUGUAGAGCUUGGACUCAAGUGUAAGUAAACCCAACUCAUCUUUGCCACUUAUAUGGGUCGUUAUCAUCUCUCUC